AUGGGGGACAUGAAGACUUCUAAUACUGGCCAGACAACCAUCGAGUGGUUCGGCGCCACAACGUUUCGCCUUUGUACCAGAGGUGUCACCAUCUUCCUGGACACCUGGCUGGAAAGGCCCUCGGUUCUGCCCAAUCUGCCUGGAGCCGAUCGCAUCGCCACAAAAACCGGUGCCAUUGUAAUCGCCAAUGGCGAAGCCAUCCACUGUCUCCGCAAGGCGGGCGUCCCAGAGGAGCAGCUUAUUCCUGUGGCUGGCGGCGAGCGGAUACCACUUUUCACCCACGCAGUUCGCCAGCAAGCCCGACAGGAUCCGUCCAUGCAGGCUUCAGGGCCCCCCGGUGGCCCCAUCUUCCCAGUUGAUACACUAGCUGCCCUUGCUGUGCAUGUGUGGCCCUCGCUGCACUGUCUGAUGCCCCAGGACCAUCCCGAGGUCAUCGACACGGCCACGGUUUACACGGGCUCGGCAACUCCAUACACCUGUUCCCUCGACAUCACUUUUGGGAUGAAGCAUGGCCUCUUGCGUCUCGGUGAGCUGGUCCCGCCCGAGCAGCUCAGCGACGGCCAACGCUCCUUUGUAGAGUAUGUCGGUGAUCGGGAACGUAAUGUAUUCUCCCACUGUGACGGUGGUCAGUUAAUGUCCAACUUUGUCGUCCAAGGCAAGGCUAUGCUCUGGAAUGCCCAUCUUGGCGCCUACGAGGGUGUCAUGAAGGACAUGCAACCCAAGCCAGAUGUUGCUAUCCUGGCUAUUGCUGGAAGAGCCAACCUUAACGGACGACCGUUUGAUGGUUCGGCGGCCUAA